AUGGAAUUACUAGAAAAGAGUUCCAAUAUUUUACUUGAUAAAAAGAGAAGAGUUAAACUGUCAAGUUUGGGGCUAUCAAAAAGAAUUAUAAAAGGUUUUCAAAGCAAAAAUCAAGAUAUUAUCGAUUUUAAAUCUAUUUUUGAAUAUAUAAAGUUUAAGCAUGGAAGAUACAACAAAUUAUUUAAAGAUAAUGAAUUUACUUUAUUUUAA